AUGGCUGGGAAAGCGUCUUUUAUACCGCCGGUUAUAGAGGACAAUCCUGAUGGCUGGGGUCCUUGUGCUAUUCCAACUGCUUUUAAAGAUAUACCAUAUCAACCUUUUUCUAAAGGAGACCGUUUAGGAAAGGUAAAGCUGCGAGUAUUUACGUUUUCGAGUUUUCAAAAUGCCACGUCGGUUUCCUGCCCUAUUAAAGCUUUAACAAAUUAAAUAGCUUAUUUUAAAAGUUAUUCUUUUCUUGUUACAAUCAGUAGAUGCUACUCUUUCAUUUACCAUACUUCAAGCGCCCUGGGAUGUAAAAAUUGUGAUUUUAUUUCAAACGACUUUUCAUUUUAAUUUUAAAAACGUUACUUCCACAGUGGACGAAUAUGAUAACCGAAUUUAAGCUUUUAUUGGCUUGGCGUCUUUUUGUCAGUUAAAAUUACUGGUCACAUGAAAGUUUAACUUAUCUAAAUAUAGGAAUGGCUUCUACAUUUCAGGUAUCUGAUUGGACUGGUGGCACUUAUCAAGAUCGCAGAUAUAUGAGUGAGUCUUUAUCCUUCCAUUUUCCUUUUGUUGCUGCUUUAUGGUGUUUAGGGGUUAAUUGGAGUGGUGGUGAGGCUUUUUGACUUAAUCUGCCCUGCGAGCAGAGGUUUCUUUUUAGCAUGGGUUUUAGCAUGUACAUGUAUAAAGUCAUUUUCUUCGCUUGUCCAGGGACCGCACAGAGGGAGGGGCUGGGGGGGCUUUAGCCCCCCCACUUUUUUGCAAGAAUAAAAAUAAAUUUAAAAAAAUAAUAAUAAUUUAACAAAAGUAACGGAGUGAAAAAUAGCAAAAAAUCGUUAAUUUGAAAGUGACCAGAGAUACUGGCAAAGACAAACGCGCAGAUAAAUACACAGAAUGAAGCAUCAGUCGUUACAAUAAUUGUAAAAUAUUUUUUCGCUUCUAACCUAGCAGAGGUAAACAUCUUUUAAAUGGCUUCUUUUUCCUGCAGACCUCUCAGGAAAACGCGUUGUGUCGUAAUAUUGGUCAAUUUCGAUCCAAAGUAAUAACUGGGUUUAGUUUAUAAGGCGAUUCUCAAACAAAUUGUUUAUUAGUUUCAACCUUGAUUUUUGGAAGAUCAUGAAGUUAUUGUUUCUCUUGUUAUUGUGCGUCCUGAUUUUAGCUCGAUCAGCGCGAAGUCCGCCUUUUGAUGUCAGGCUUCACGGCUCGUUGAGCAUUCCAAUUGCAAGUUUUGUUGAACGUGGUCUGUUUAUAAAAACAUUUUGUCAUCGAAAGUACUUAAACCGCAGAAUUGUGUAUAGCUCUGGUCAUCAAGGAACAUUCAAUCUGGCAGUUAUUACGAACAAAGAAGUGCACAUGGUACACGGCAACAUAAAUACGAACGACGAGACUUCACAUACCACUAGUAAUGCAAAGAAGAGAUCUCUUAAAAUUUCUGAUUACUUUUCCAAACAAAAUGGAAAACCUUCUUUAUCUGGUGAGUAAACUCUGCAUAAUUUUUGCUACUUUUUUCUGAGUCUGUUCUAUAAUUGAAUUUUCAUUCACUAAAUUAUUUUCAGUUACCGUUUUGUUUUGCCGUGUAAAUAUUUUGAAUGAAUGAUUAAACAAUUAUUGAACUCGGCUUUCGUAUGAUAUGAAGAUAUACAGAUCUCGGAGGGUGUUAUCCACCGGGCUCAAGCCUUCGGCUUUGGCGGAUAACCCCCUCGAUCUGCAUAACUCUUCAUAUCAUACUCAGCCUCGUGCAAUAAUUGCUCAGUAAUUAUACAGCCUUGAGUUCAAGGCAGCUCAAGCAAAAUCAUUGGAUUUCUGGCUUAUUUAUAGUAAUUAAAGGUUGAUAUCAAUAGUAUAACAUAACAAUCUAUGAUAUUUCAAUUUAGUGAUGGUGAAUUUUCAGACCCAAUAGCAACAUCACUGAAGAUGUGGAAAAAAAUCAAUAGUUUUAUCGUUAUUCGCAUUCUCCAUCACUUUAGAGAAAUUGAAUAGAAAUCCACAAGCAUGCCCCCCCUGGCCCCCCCCCAAAAUUUUCCUUCACGCAUUCUUCUUUAGCCCCCCCACUCGAAAACUUGCUGUGCGGUCCCUGUUGUCAUUCGUGUAGUUGGUUUGUUUACACCCUCAGAGAAACCUCUGCAGGGAGCUGUCUGUGGUUUCCAUUGUGUGUCCACUUUAGGCACCUCCAAAUUCUUGAAGGUGGGUAGUUGUGACUCAGGUUUUAAAGCUGGAUUUAACCAGCUUUUCAAGGAAGUGGUUCAAAAGGCUUUUAAGGACGGUGCCCACUAUUGUUACUGUGCAUAUUUUCUGUGCAUCCCAAGGUCGGUUGAAACGUGAGGAAUUCGCAACAGGUGGGACUGGCUCAAACCUGUAGUUUUAUUUUGUAGCAGAGUGUUCAGUGUGCACAGUGGAGCCUCAUAGCUAAAAGAAAAUGGAAAACCUAUUGAUGCCAGAAAAUUUGGUUAUGACAUCAGUGUACGCCGGUGCAUACUUACUUACAGACUCUGGGAGUAGGGGCAAAAAAAACUCAUUAGGUUAGGGAAGGAAGUCCUAGAGAUGUACAUUGCAUUUUGUUUUGGCACAAAAUUAACCAGUUUAGGGGCAACCGAUCGAAUUGCUCGAGCAAAAUUCUAGGUUGAAGGUUCUUGUGUUUGAUUUAAUUAUUUUCUGAAAUAGAUUUCUAAGACUUUGUUCUUUGCUUGGUCAUGCUUUUGGUCACACUCCGGGAACAACUUUCCCCCAUUGCUCAAAGUUUUGACAGGUUAAUUCAUGCGUGAAAAUUUAUGCAGCAUCCAUAAAUUUGUUUGCCAACAGACUACUUGUCAAUGACCGAAGCCAUUUUUUAAAUUCAGUUACAUGGACUACAGGGAAAAUCUUUGAACAUUUUAAAUUUUUAACUUUUUUAGUUCUUCCACUGUUGCCACAAAUUCACGCUUCAUUUGUUUGUUUUGUUCUUUUGUUUUUAUUUCAUUAUGAAACGACAACAAAAGCUAAGUUUAUUUAUACACUAAAGAAAUUGACAGUUGAACCUGAAAUUAAAAGCAUGAAGAUGGGCUGGAUAAGGAUGGCGAUGAAGCUGCUGGAGAAGUCAGUUCGAUGAUGUCAGUUUUUCAGGAUUAUCGUAGUUUGACCCAGACCAUUACUGAAAUGACCCAAUUUAAAAUUGGGACAUAUGGCCCAUUUUGACUAAUUUCUGGACUGAACACUGGUGUAUGAUGCUGGUAUCGCCUCACUUGCGAAAGCUUCUUCAUCUUGUUCAGUUUCUACGAGUGUGGCUUCCUGUUGAAUUGUCUUUGUUACUUUUACUUUUGUCUAACUUUAUUCUUAUUGAUAAGUAAGUACACAAAGCCCAAGCCCAAGAAAGCCCAAGAAAAGUUCCCGAUGAUUCUGCAAUUAUUGUUGCAUCUUUUCCUGUAAGUGGGACAAUGCCUUUGUUAUGGUUCUUUGUGAUUACCACUACACCAAUAACAUGGAACUUCUGAUUGUUUGACAGUUUCCUUUUUCACUGUCGGUUUGCCCGCAAAGUUUACUUGUUCCUGGUUUCCUCCGGCAGUUUUCAUUAACUGGUUGGUGUAAGUGGUGGCUUCAAAACGUUUGGCUGCUUCAACUACUUCCCUCAAGGCUUGUUUUACCUGUGAAUCUCGGUGCCUGUGUCCAUUCCCUAUCAACUUGACACGAAGUGCUUUAGAUGUUGAACCAGCUAUAAAUUGAUCUUUCAUAAGUUGGUCCGCAAAAUCUUUAUACUUUCACUGUGAUCCUUGAUUAUGAACGCGCAUUUCCCACGAAGCGAUUGGUUUCCUCGGGCAGUUUUCAUUAACUGGUUGGUGAAAGUGGUGGCUUCAAAACGUUUGGCUGCUUCAACUACUUCCCUCAAGGCUUGUUUUACCUGUGAAUCUCGGUGCCUGUGUCCAUUCCCUAUCAACUUGACACGAAGUGCUUUAGAUGUUGAACCAGCUAUAAAUUGAUCUUUCAUAAGUUGGUCCGCAAAAUCUUUAUACUUUCACUGUGAUCCUUGAUUAUGAACGCGCAUUUCCCACGAAGCGAUUGGUUUCCUCUUGCAGUUUUCAUUAACUGGUUGGUGAAAGUGGUGGCUUCAAAACAUUUGGCUGCUUCAACUACUUCCCUCAAGGCUUGUUUUACCUGUGAAUCUCGGUGCCUGUGUCCAUUCCCUAUCAACUUGACACGAAGUGCUUUAGAUGUUGAACCAGCUAUAAAUUGAUCUUUCAUAAGUUCGUCCGCAAAAUCUUUAUACUUUCACUGUGGUCCUUGAUUAUGAACUCGCAUUUCCCACGAAGCGAUUGGCUCAUUUUCCUCUUGAAGUAAACAGAGAAAUUUAUUCAUUUUACGAAAAAGCAAAAGUUGACACGCAAACGUACAGAGUCAAAGUAGCUGCAAAAUAAGAAAUUCAACCGGUCAUAAGUGAGUUUAGCACUUACGUUACUGUACUUGAAGAGCUGGUAAUUAAAAGGUGGUUAAGUCUCACAUAGAAUAUUCCUCAGAGUGUCUUUUAUUGUGAGAGUGUGGACAAAACCGUGAGAAAAACUUUGUAUAAAGUGAUUAAAUUAGCCGUGUUUCGUUGUGUGAAAAUCUUUGUCUGGAAAUAGGCAAAUAAAUUAAUUUCAGGAGUAUUUUUGAUAGCAAUGUAUUUCUUUUAGGUGAUGAAAGUAAUGUCAUUAUCUCACUUAAUGAAUUAACAAUCUGACUUGGGUACAACAGAAACCCCAGAUGGCUCGCUACAGAGGUUUCUCUUGAGGCAUAAACAACCCAACUACAUAACUGACAAGUGAUUCUCCAUUCUUUUUUGUUGAUUUAUUUAUUGGAUAGUUAAUGUCCUUGUAGCACAGGGCAUAAACGCUAUUUUAAACUGUGGAGCAGAGGUACCGGGUUCGAUGCCUAGCUGGCAUUGCCCGUACGUUUUUCAACUUAUUUAAUAGAUUCUUUUUUUAUGGUACACCAGAACUAACUAUAAAAUUUUCUUUUAAAUGUCACAGUAACUUUUAUCAUGUUUCAAAUGCUUCUAGUAUAUAAUAAUGAUUUCAUGGCAAGGACUUAAGCUAUAAAAAGGGCACAAAGAGACUCACUGUACCCUUAUUUAAUUUUUUUAAAUUCAUUUUAAUGGCAAUUAUAUGUCUCAUAUCUCAUUGGUUUAUAGCCUCCCACGCAGGCGUUUUUCGGGGAGCUCAUUUUUCAUCCCUCCCCACUAAUGCCUGCUCAACGGAAAACAACAUUCCUUUCCCAUUGUUUUAUUUGCGUGGUACAUGACCAAUCAACAGUUGUGCAAUAAAGUGUUCGUGACAGGCUAAACGCGACUAAAAUGCAUAGUUAUCGUUUUCCUCCUUUUCUUUCCUUCUCCAAGGUUAUGCAGUGCAUGGAGUACUCUAAAAUUUGACUAAAUCUUAUUUUUGCCGCUCUGAAUCUAACAUUUAUUAGACGCCAGAAAGCUUUCCCAGUGUUUCGUGCAGAUCAAGUAAUUAUCAGACUACCUUGUGGUCAAGGUCAACUUUCCAGAAUUUGGAAAGUACAAUGUGAUUGGCUAAGCAUGGGAAAGGAAUGUUGUCUUCAGUUGAGCAGGCGUUUGCUGGGAGGGAUAAAAAAUGAGCUCCCCUAAAAACGCCUGCAUGGGAGGCUAAUUGUUUUAGGCAGUGGAAUAAUAUUCCUCUUUCCUGAGUUAUUGUCACGGGAAAAGACUCUCACUUGCUUAAAAAUGAACUGUACCAGUUUACUGACCAAUAAUUCAGCACUCAUACACUGUAUCUGUAUUCUGGCUUUCCACACUUUCCAAAGGUGGCUGCUGUGUUCAUAAAAAAAUUGUCUUGGAGUACAUGUACUAAGCAAGUUUUAAUCCACAACAAGAUGAUGUGCUUCAAUGUCAAUUUAUUUUAAGGUGCUUUCAAGUUUCUUCAAAUGUUCCCCCUGGGGCCAACAUUUUGUGUGAGUAUUUCCAAAAUUCCCAAUCUGGAAGAGGCAGUGACAAUCAGAGUCCCCACCAUAGCCCUUGGUCUCCCCCCUUUUUGAGCAUCACAUUUUUAGGUGCACUAUUUAUUUUAUUAUCAGUGAGAGAGGGAGUUUUGUAUGCUGUAUGUUGCUUAACACUAUUUUGCAAAUGCAGUGUGGCCAUAUCAUAUUACUGUAAAGUACCAUUUGUGAAAAAUAUUUUUUUUCCAGAUAAAUACCAGUCACAGUUUGGGACAGGAAGUCAAAUGUUUUCUUAUUACCAUGAGGAGGAUGAAUCCUCUUUUCAGCUGGUUGAUACUUCUCGUCCUCAGCGUCCCCUGUAUCAGAGAAACAAAAACAGAUUUGGACAGGUUUUCUUUACUCAUUUUAUUCAAUUGUUAUAUUAUUAGAAAUCUUUAGCAUGAUAAUUAUUUUUAUGAUGAAAUAAUAACACUGAAAUAGCUGCCCACUCGCUGCCCACUGAUAUCAACAUUGCAGAGAUAAGUACAUGUAUAUACCUUGUACAGUACAUUUUUAAAGGCCCGAACCAACCAGGAACUAAUGUUUGCUUUACAAAGUUGUUCAUUUCCUCUUAGGAAAGUAUUUUGUGUACAGCCCAAAAUGUGAAAUUUGGUUGAGAACACCAUGAGAGAGGUACAUGUAUCAGGCUUACUUAAUACAUGCAGGGAUGUCUGAAUUAUCCUCUUUUGAAAAGAGGGUGACUGAAUUUGAAUACUGGUACAUGCAUGUGCAUGUAAGGUCCCUGACUAGCAGCACACAGUUCAUGUUCAAGUGUCAUAGACAAAAACUUUUUGCAUGUAGUUUGCUGUCUUUAUUAAUUUUACAGAGGAAUGUUAGAAGAGACCAGCGAAACCAACGGUACCCUUCUGGUGGUAUGCAGAGUUUAUCAAAGAACCAAAACCGUCAGAAGUUUUCUAGAAAGAUGCAGCGGAAUUAUGGUCGUGGCCAGUGGAAUGAUAGAAAGCCUGCUGUGAGUGUGUGUUAAUUUGACCUAAAUUAAAAAUUGAUGAAUUUCUUUGUAAUGCCUUGAGGCCUUCUAUUCCCAAGUACUGUUUAAAUGGCUAGCAACCCACCAAUCCCAACCAUGAGUUCCCUACAAGGGCGGGGACAGGAAACCCAAGCACCAGUCACACUGUUAAGCCAUGGAAAUUAAAGAAGGGAAUGGGAAGGCAAAACAGUAGGUGAAAAGAUGGCUGAAAGAGCUUCACAAUACCUGCUACUAAGUGACUAAAUGGCUGAUGUUCUCAUGACUUCUUUGCAAGGGUUUUAGCUUAUUACUUUGGAAAAAUUAAUGAUUUUGUAGUUGACUGGAUUUACUGAUCAUUUUUGCAUGUUUAUUUAGAAUAUUCAGAAAAGGGCCCCCUCAGUCACCGUACGUGAAGAAUGGAAAGUACUGGAAGAUGGUGAAAUGGACUUUCCUCGUCUUUCCAAACUCAACUUGCCAAAUGUGGAAGAACCUGAAGAUCUGUAAGUGCCACAAAACAAAUGAACUUGGCAUCUUGCCACAUUAUUUUAGUAGUUUUUGAUGCAGUGUACAGUGUAGCAUUUAGUCUGCAGCCUCCCUGUUGUUUAUUUGUUGUUUGCACCUGUUACAUUUGACUCAACAUCUAAGAGUCAGUGAUCGAGUUCAUCUAAACAUAGGCACUUUUUACGUGCAUGAGCUAUUUUGAAUGCUUCAGUGUAACAGUAUCGGCAAUCUACGCUUUUGAUCCUAGAUUAAAGCUAUGUUUUGUGCGAAAUUGGGCGUAGCUGCACAUUAAUGAAAAUGAGAACCGCCAGACAUAGCUGGUUUGAUCCUCAUAAUAUAGAUUCACUUUUCUGUCUUUCCUUCAGACAUCUGGUGUAAAAUAACCAAACUGUUGAAGUACUAUGAAUACCAGACUCACCAAACGUUGCUUUAAUACAGUGAAGACUCGAAGGUUUCAAGGUUUCUUGAUGGUUUCUUUAAAUAAUGAAGCUCGUCGAAUACCGAAUAGCUAAGAAAAUGUUACGAUUUUUAUCAUUGUUGUAGAUGGUUGCAUCAUCAUUAUUCACGAGGUUGUCACGUGCGAUUCUUAUUUAAUGAUUAGAAACAGUCUCUAACUCUGACAACUUAAUUCUAAAAGUGUUACAAGUUAUUACUUAGUUACAAAACUAAAGAUAUCUGCAUUCAUUCAAGUUACUAUCAUUACUGUGAAAAGCAAGAAUGAGAUGUAGAAUCACACAGUUUGCACAUGAAAGUGUUGGACUAAGCCCCUUUCGCGGUUCUUACGUGAGGGAAUUCGAGUUAUCACACAGUAAUUGAGUAAACAGAAUUAUAGAAAUACUCAUGCACACAAUUUGCAAGUGAAGAUGUUGGACUUUGGCCCUUUUACAAAUGAUUUUGAGAAAUCACCUAGGCUUCAUUACAACAUCUGCAAUUAAAUUAUGCCUCCUGCAACGUCAUGGUUGGUAGCCUAACAUUUAUUAACUUCCAAGAAAAUUAUCAAACUGCCGAAAUAUAUUUCUACUCUGAACAUGUUACUCCACUCAGUAAAACAAUAUCUAAUAAUUAUUAUUGUUUCAACUAGCUUCUUCCAAUUUUAUUCGCUAACGCUACUGUUUCUACUUAAGUUACGCAUCUUUGCUAAAUAAAAUACUUUUCAAUAACUAUAAUGACUCUUAAGCAGCAAGCUUGUUUCACGUUGUUCACCUAAUUCAUGUUUUAUUUCCCUGGUAUGAAAAAGGUCUGUUGAACUUUGUUACUGAGAGAAAAAAGCUUUUUUACAGGAUUAACAAUACUCGCCUUGCCUUUCAAACUUCUAAAUUUCAAUUAUUGUUUCAUUGGAGGAACUUUGAAAAAUAUAUAAUCUUUUACACUCUACCUUGAAGCAGGUGAAACAGAACUCAUAGAUUAUGAAAUACGUGCGUUGUACCAUUUGCGUUAGCCGAAUUAGGUCAGAAAUGUCUCGGAAGUGGCACCCACACUAAAAUAUGGACCCUUAAACAGCUCAAUCACUGUAUUCAGCAUUUGAAUUAUAAAGAUAUUUCAAUAUUAUGCUUCUAAACACCUUUAGCUGUAACAAAAAACAAAAAAAUUGUGAAUAAUCAAGAUGGCGGUCUCAAACUGCCCUUCUUUGACCUUAAGCCGAGUGAAUGUAAUGUUAGAUGCCAAAAUCUCAUUGGUUCCUAUGCAUCAACUCAUAGUACCUUCAACCUUAUUGACUCUUGCAACACAAAAUAAUCCGAACACGCAAAGUCACAAAGAUACAUAUACUCAAUCCAUUGACAUACUGUAUGAGCUAUUUUUUCAAAAUAGCUCUAAAACAGAUCAGUGAAACAGAUCAUGCUACUUGUUACUACUGUAACAGUUGAAUCUAUCCUUGGGGUUCCAGUACAUGUAAGUGAUAGCUUAAUGGAGCAUAAUCUUUAGCAGAAGCAUGAAGGUCAAGGUUGUCAGUUACAUGUAUCUCAGUUGUGCACAAAAUGUUUGAAACUUGAAAAACUGUCAAAAAUUUUUAUUACAGACCAAGAACUAUUAAUAUUGCUGAAGAUCCUCUCUUGGACUUGGCUAUAAUCUUUCAGUAAAGUUACACUGUAAAUCAAAUUGUUUGACCUUGAAUCAGAAGGAAUACAAGGAGCGUUGAUCCACAUGGGCAGAUACAUGAAGUUGAGGUGUGAAUGGGUUAACAAGAAUGCCUUAUUCCAAGUUGACUUUAAGACUUUUUUACAAUAAGAUAAUUAUGUGCUGUUAGUGUAGCUGAAUUGGAUCUGCAAUGAAAACUAGUAGUAAUCUCGAAUUAGGAAGUACGUUCGAGCUUUUGUAGGUUUACUGUCAAAUGUGACAUUAUUAGUCAAGCAUGCUUUAGCAAAGCGAGACUGUAAAAAUGCAGGCUUUUUUUUUUUCGUUGGUCUUCCCCAAAUAUGGUUCGUGGAAACUGGGGAUAAGAAUGGUGAUGACUUUCGUUGUAUGCAAGUGAGUCUUGUGAUGAGCAUGUGGUUUAUUUUCGGUGAUGACUGAGAUGAUGCAUGUAAGUUGAACACGUUUUUGGCAAUGAUAUAAUUUUCCCCAAAUCGUGGCCCUUGAUUUUUGCGUAAUUAUGCAGGUGUAUUAAAAAGUAAAUACCCUGAGUAGGAUGAGAAAAUAUUAUUGUGGUGCAUUGAGGCGCUACAUGUACGAUUCUAAGUAUUGUCGCAAUUACUGUAACUCUACAGUUAAAUAGAUUCAUUUUGUUGUAUUAUUUUAUCCUAAUAAAUAGACAACAAGUUCAACAGGAAUACGUGCAAACUGAAUUAACUGUCUGUUGUAUAAGGUUCUGCUAAACUUACACAUUUUUCUUGUGCUGAACAAAAACUGUACUGAGCUGCUACAUAGAGGCUAUAUAUAUUUAUACUGAUAAAAAUCAACAUUCAAUUUUGUAAGUGUAAAAUCCCCGAAAGAGUUCUCCUCACUGGAGCAAUAUUAAUAUUCAGAAGGUUUCAAAUGCUUCACACCGGUGUGAAGCUAAGAUGUGCAGCCUGUCUCUCCUUGCAAAUUUGAAGUUUUUAGUAUUUACAUUAUGACAUGUAACACUUGUUUUGUAUUCCAAACGAAUUAGUAGCUGACAAUAAAAUUUCCCUCCAAGCAUGCAAAACUCAAUGCUACUAAGAGCGUUCUUGUUUUUUAAUAAAUUAAUCCUGCAAAAUGCUUCCUAUAUGCUUUAAAAAUAAAAAACAAAACAAAACAAAACAACUAAGGAAAAAGAAAAAAGUGUCACCCAGUGGGACUCGAACCCGAGACCUUUGACGUGUGAGGGCAAUGUGUUAUCCAUUGCGCAACGACUACCAUUGUUAAUAUUUUGUCAAAUUAAUUGGAUGCUGUUUAGAGCUGGUAGAGCCUCAUUUGUGAAGAAUUGAAAGAUACAUGUAUAUUGUAGGAAAACAGGCAGGGUUUUGACAGUAAAAGCUGUACUUUAACUCAUUUCGUCACAUUUGAAAAACAUCAUAGCCGACAACUGUCUUGCAAAACCGUCACGAAGUCUCUUUCUGACGGUUGUACACUGCAAUUCUUGGGGUUUACAUGAGUAGAAUAUAUUACGAUUCAGCAACAGUAAACAUUUCCGUUUUUAUUGAACAAAGAAACCUUUCAUUUCAGAAUAAUAUUUUGCUAAAAACUGGGACCAGUUUGGGAGUCGAAUAGCAAUUGCUGAUCUUUUUGUCAUGAUUAUCGCCUGGACGAGUAAAAAAGCUUCAAAUGGUCAUAAACUUCUGUCUAAAAGCAGGCCAUAGUACUAAUUUGAAGCAUUUAAAGUCCACAUGAAGACAACUUAUCAUCCUGUGAAAUUGUACAAAAUCAUAACUUGACAUCAAAAACUCUGGGCUGCAAAAUCAAGAGAAGCAGCCUUGAUCCUUGUCACACUUUGCUUUAGAGAAACAGUUGACCUUGAGCGUUUGAAGUAAAGACAAGACUCUUCAACUUCUUGUGUCAACCAAACUCGUGAGGCUUUGAGAUAAAAACAGCACUUCAGCAAAAAUACUUCUCUUGAAACUCAACACAUACACGAGGCUUUCACCUUAAGUCAACACACGAAACAGGACCUUGACAGCUUUUAAAAAGCAGCACACGAAACAGGACUUUGACCGAGCACAAUGCACAAUCAUAUAUUAAAGGUAUUCAAAUGUCCUUGAAGGUAGCCCGUGCAAAAAAUUCUUCAGGGGGCAGCGAAUUUGGUGUCUGUUACGGAGGCAACUAAGAGAAAUCUCAAUUUUUUCCGCCUGAUAUGCACAGGACAUCCAACAUAACAGGAACCCACACCAAAUUACGUGGCAUUCUCCUUCAUCGAACACAAUAAUGCAGUGCAGUCAAUAAAUUACAGUGUAUAUUAAAAUGUAAAUUUCUUAAUUUGUAGGUAUGUUUGUGGUAGUUUGGAGUAUUAUGAAAAGAGUUAUGACCGUGUGACAACUAAGAAUGAAGUUCCAUUAGCUGGUGUUAACAGAAUAUUCCACAAAGUAACAACCACAGAUGAUCCAAUCAUCCGAAAGGUAUGAAAAAUGAGGAUUUCACCCUUUUCAAGUGAGAUUAAUAUGAUAUAUAUGUUGUGGUUCAAUUUUUUCUUUGGAUUAAAUUUUAUUUUCUUUUGUUUUUGGUUAUUGCUAUGUAUGAUAAUGAUUUUAUAACAAAACAAAAUAAAAUUUGAACCAAAGAUAAAAUUGAGCCAGAACAUGACAAUUAUACAUAUGUAAAUGAAUUAACUAAUUGAUUUCUGUUUCCCCAAAUGUGAUUGAUGAUUCUAAGUAUGGUACAGUUCAGAGCAUAAAAUAUUACUGUCAAUUCAUAUCUUCAAUGAUUUUUUUACCGAGCAUGCGCAGUCUAUGUGUUAGCUCUGUAUGUGUAAUGAAACUUGCAGUUUUUGUGAAUUUGUGUGUACUUUCUUGUGUAUAUUUUACUUGUACGUUUAUUAUGUGAACUGCAUGCAAUAAGGGGGAUUCACAUGCAUUAAACAGUCACGUGUAAUGCUGCAGUGCCAAUUUGGCCCAUACUGAAAACAUCACAAUAAAACAUUGUGUUACAAAAAAUAAAGUGCUUUCUUAAUUUCUAUGAACUUAUGAGGGAAGAAGUUUCUGUAUGUUAGUUUCAGUGUAUUGUGUAUAGUGUAUAGUUAAGUAUGAAAUAGCAUGAGAUAUGACAGUGUUAGACAAGCAAUUUUCCUGGUCUUCAGGAGGAUGCCGCGGCCAGUCCACAUAAAGGGUUCAGGUGUUGACGUUUUCACAAAUUGAGCAGAUUGCCUUAACAGCCUCUAUUUAUAGAGUUAUUUUGAAAAAUAGCUCAUAUGUCAGUGGUCUGACAUAUGUAUCUUUGAAGCCCUCUGUCUUUGUAUGUGUGCUGCAGGGUGAUGGGCCAAUAAAGUUGAAUGUACUAUGAGUUGAUACUAGUAACCAGUGAGAUUUUGGCAUCUAAAUAUGGCAUUGAUAUAGGUCAAACACCGCCAUCUUGGUUCUUUACAGCUUUUUUGUCUUUUAUUACGGCUAAAGGUGUUUAGAAGCAUAACAUUUAAGUUUCUUUAUGAUUUAAACAUCGAGUACAGUGAUGCAGCUGUUUACGAGUUUAUAUUUUAGUGUGGGUGCUGCUUCGAGACAUUAUGACCUAAUUCAGCUAUCACAAAUGGUACAAACACGUAUUUCAUAACUUAUGAGUUUUGUUACCUGCUUCAAGGUAGCAAAAAAAAAAUCAUAUUUUUUAAAGGUCUUCAAAUGAAACAUUAAUAAUUGAUGUUUAGAUAAUUAUGGAAUUUACCAAAAAACGUAUGAGGUCUAAUUGUGGUUUUAGAAGUUUGAAAGAUAGCUGAUUUAUUAAAAGCUCUACCAAGUUAGUUAAUCCUUUAAACAAGCUUAGCUGUACGCUCUGGUGUACAAUGUUCAACAGACCUCUUAGGUUAUGUUAAAGUAGGCAAGAAUUUAGUGCAACCAGGUUAUACCUGCUUGUUUUUUAAGAGUCAGUAGUUAUUAACACGUGUUUAAUUUACGCAGUGGCUUUAAUUAGUAAAGAUGCGUAACUUUAGUAGAAACAAUAGUGUUAGGGAAUAUAAUUGGAAGAAGCCAUUUGACAAAAUAAUUAGUGAUUGCUUCAUUGAGUGGAGUAUGUAGGUCCUUGAAUUCUCUGAACAUUUUCAGCAAGUCAAGAAUCAGUUUGUUUGAUCUGAUAUGUUAGCAAAACGACUCAUUGGCAAAAGGACUGUUCACCAAAAAAAGGACAAUUUUGAGCUAUAAUUGACUUGCACGUGACGUCAUGGCAUAUGCUAUAUUUGGGGGGCUGCCAUGUUGGUGUACAGGUACUUACAGAAAACAUGGAGUCGAACUUCAGAGAAAUGAAUGAAAGGGACUGCAGUUCUCAAUCCCCACCUAAAGAUCCCAUCCAAAACUCACAAAACGUCGAGCAAUCUUUCCCAGCACUAGCAGAGUAUUAUAAAAGUUUAGAACCUCAUGUAAAACGGCGAUAUUUAGAGAAAAUAUCAGUGGUUGAGUUCGAUCCUGGAACGCUUCGAGACGCAAGGAUUGACUCGGAAUGUUUGCCGCCAAUUGAGGCAAUGGAUCUAUUCAGUUAUCUUGGCCUGGACACCAACUUAUCUAAUAAAGAGCAGUUUAAGGCCUCUAAAAGCCUAGAAUCAUUUAAUUUAUUGGGAUUGGGUUUUAUUACAAUAAUAAUGUUCAAGGAGUCAAAAUAUAGGACAAAUAUGUUUUGACUGGAAAGGUUCGACAUAGUCGGAGAUUGAAUGAUCCUUAGCUGCCCAUCUGGAUAAUUUCGUCAAAUGAAGGAGCCGUUUUGUCGGCUCAUUGUAUGGGCUGCAAAGCUGUUACAAGUUGUUGUGUCUCUAUGGGUAUUUCCCAUAGUUUCAUUAAUUAUUUGGUACAGUAUUCCUGUUGACUCCUAACUAUGUGAUAUGAAGUCAAACAAAGCAUUUAAACUUGUUCACUUCUUCUAAGAAAGUGGAAAAUAUAUAAAAUAAAGAUUAAAAGAGGAAAAGGUUCUUUCAGACUGUUUUUCAACACAAAAGACCAAGAAAGUGCCGAUGACGAAUUUUUGUUUUGUUCUAAUACAGUCCUGAAGUUGUUAGUUGGUUGGCGACUUUUUAAAGAGAAUGUGGAGUCUUUGUCAUUUAAAUAAAAUGAAUGAAUUGUUGAUGCAUAUUAUGAAUUAUUGAUAAGCAAUACCAAUGAAGGAAAAUAAUUCGGUAAUGCACUUUUUACAUACAGUUCUGAAGAGCCAGAAGAGCCAAAAAGCAAAGCUUAGGAAUAUAAGCUUCGAUCAUUUUUUUCACUCUUUUCCUUCAUUCACUUUUGCUAAGCUACAGUGUAGUUUGAUUCUUAGCUUUUCUCUUCCAUGGUCAGAGGGUUUAUGAUGCUUGUUUGAGAGAGUGAAAUGAGACAAAGAGAUGAAAAUGUCAGUUUUUCUUUAUUACCGUCAAUAAAGCUUCUCCACAGAAUGGCACUGGGCACAUGUAAUACAAAAGAGGUUUGAAGUGUGACUGUCACAAAUUCAAACCAAGGGGUCCAUUCAAACCAAGGGGUCCCUUCUGGCAUUUUCUGUUUUACGCCAUCCCUGAUCAUUUCAUACUUGGGGGCGUUUGGGGCUGAAAUGUCAUCAUUACCCAAUGAUUCCGCACGGCCAGCUCUGUUCAAGCAAAUCAAGAUUUUUUCUGGUAUAAGUACUUGGCUUUAUAUACAUGUCAGUUAAAAAACAAUAUCCUCCUCUGGAUAACUGCUGUGGGCAAUAACUGCUUCGUGAUUUAAUAACAGGUUCACACUUUCAUAAUAAAACUAAUUUACAAACCGUCUUGCAAAGGAUCUGCUCUCAUAUUAUCAUUAAAUCACUUUUAAUUUGUAUCUUUUCAGCUCCUUUCAAAGGGUAAUGUUUUUACAACAGAUGCAAUUGCAGCAACACUUAUGACAGCUACACGUUCUAUAUACUCGUGGGAUGUUGUUGUUCAGGUAUUGUACAUGUAACAUUUUCUUUCGUUUCAGUGUUCCCAUGUGUACAGUACCACUUAGAAGAAAGUUACAAUAUGCAUCUUGUUUUCUGCAUUAUGAGAAGUGCGCCACAUGCGACACUAUUCUCGUCAGGCCCUACAAGAAUGAUUCUUCGCAAGAAUCAGCACAAAAGUGAAGCAGCAAUUUUUCGCAUAAAUUAUCAAUGACCUCACGGCUGCUGCCUAAGAAAAUUUUUUGGGAGCCCCUUGGGCUCCUAAAAUAAAAAGGUAGGAGCCCCAGCCACAUUUCCGGGUGUCAGAUUCGUUCAAGUCUCGAAUCUCUGGAAAAGGGCUUGGUCGUUUACUUUUAUCAGCGAUAACUUUUUGCCUACGGUCGACGACCACACAUUUUACGUUUUUGUUUCAAAAGCGCAAAAUAAGCAGGGAAUUCUGUCUUUCCUUCAUUGGAAGUAGGCAUCUAGGCUAUUGCCAUGAGAAUCAUAAGUUUUAGGUGCCCCUGCAGGCACCUUGUUUAAAAUUUUACUCGCAAACUCAUAUAUUUGCAAUUUCACCUACAAGAUAUCAACAAUAUUCAACUCGGUGUUUGAUCGCAAAGAAACGUUAGCUUAUGAAUUUGUUCUUAAAACAGUCACUACGUGAUUCUUUAAAGGAAGUUGUUUUGAAUUUAACAAAUACUACUUUGCAUUUGCUGACAGUACAUCGCAAAUUUGCAUACUGUCAAAACAAGUGCAUGGUUUGAAACCCUACUUGUCAAGUAUUUGCAUACUCGAGUAAUGCACCCGCACACUAUACAAAAGAUAUGCUUUUUGGCACUUUGAUAAACCAUCAGGGGCCCACGCAAUCAGUUCUGUUUGCGUAACUGAUUGUAAUUUUAAUGUAAAUUUAUUGGAUUUACCAUUUUGCUUCAUCUAUAGUAAUGUAUCACUUUGUUAUAUCCAUUUUGAAAUCACUGGUGAUCCUUACAAUCUGAUUGGAUUUCAGUAGUGUGAUUUACUCAUGAAUCACACUAUUUUGUGCUGUAAAUCACAUCUGUUCUUAAUCGCGUCAUUCAUGUCCUGAAUUUUGUCAUAAUUUACUGUUUUAAAUUGCACCAUUUUUGCUCUAUAUCGCAUCUUUUCUGUUUCGGGUACAAAAUUAGGUGAAAUAGCCUUUUUGUUUCCGCUUUUCAACAAACCGGCUACUAGGUCCAAUGAAUAUUGGUACUAACUGAAUUCUGUGAUUUCAAAAUGGCUGUAGUAAAGUGGUAAUUGAACUUCAUGUCGUGCAAUUUUGGUUUGAAAUCAUCUCUGCGAUUUCAAAUAGAACUCGUUCUGCGCGGUCGUCCGAUUUUAAAAUCGCGUAAAAUUUCUAACCUAUUGCACUGAUCCACUCAGUUCAAUUACCAUUAUAAAUAUGGACAUGGAUGAAUAUUAGAUAAACAUUAUAUUACCUUCCUUGUGGUAUAUUGUUGUCCUUUCGCAAGGUUGGAAUUAAUAUUUUUGAAUGGCUCCAGUGCCAGAGCAAUUUCCUCGCAGAAAUUUGCAUUGCUCCACUGUCCAACUUUGGAGGGUCUUGCUGCUUCUUGUACCUGUUUUGGAAAAUCCAUCCAAACGGCCCAGAGCUAGCCCCUCCACAGUUCUCAUGCGUUCAAAACACAUAGCAAGAUGUACGUGCACCAGCUAGAAACUGUCUUGCUGAUUGCCUCUUUUUGACUGGAUGUCGUUAAAGAAUAAUCAAUUGAACAUACGCACCAAGCUAUACACGAAAAGCAAGUGUCUGCCUUUGUUUCAUUUGUAAAACAUGUACAUGUAUGUUGUGUUAUAUUCCUAACUGAUGUUUUAAGCAGUUCUAUUUCAUUUUGUAGCGUGUUGGAUCCAAAUUGUUCUUUGACAAAAGAGAUGACUCUGAAUUUGGUAAGCUUCAGUUGACAACAUCGGCACUUGUACUUUAAGUUUUAACUUGCAUUUACAAAAAAAAAAACAUCGCACUCGUUAGUGUUUACUGCAUGUACCUCCUGGAUGGAGUUAAGAUACAAUGCAAACUAGUGUAUAUACUUUUCUCAUUUGAAAGAGGUAUCUGCCGAGGGGAAGGGGUACUCUCAUAAAUUUUGGACUGGUGUGUGCCACCCAGGGUCCCAGGGUCUUAAACCCUGACCCUGUUUAAGGAUGAAACAAACGAAAAUUGAUGCUCAUUUAAGGCCCAAACCCGAAAAAUGACGGUCUAUUCACGGUGAAAAAAAGUAAUUUACAUGUAAAAGGAACACACAAACCUUCAUUAAAUCGCUUUCGUAAUACUCCGGUAAGGGAUGGCUGUGUUUCAAUAGAUAAGAGAUAGUUUCUCGUCUUGCUAGGCAUUUACACACUUGAAUUCUAGCUGUUACAAUUUAGGUACCCUAUCUGGACACACUGGGAACACAAUGCCAAAAUGGGGAAAAAUGAUACCCUAUUUAGUGAUUGAGACCCAUACCUUAUUGGGCGGCACAUGUAAUUACGUUUCUGGUGUAUAUGGUAGUACUCCCCCCGGGUUUAUCCGUUUGUCAUGGAAUUUUCCAGGCCUUCUAAGAGUUUACACAUUAAGCAGAAAGUCAGGGCAACAUGAUCAGGGUUGUCAUUAAGAGCCGGGGGCCGGGGAUUUUCCCCGGCUACUAAUAGAGUGGCCCCCGGCUACUUUUAUUGGAAAAUAGAAGAAAAAUAGAACCAAAAGAAAUCCCUAGCCGUUUGAUUCCCCGCCUACUUGUUGUAUUUACCCGGCAACUUGAAAUCUUAGUGACAACCCUGAACAUGAAAUGAUUGCAUUACUUGUGGCUGAUUAGGUUGUUUAACUAGUAGUAAAUCUUUCUUACUUUCUGGGUUUAUUUGAAGUUGCGUUGCCAGGUUCUGACUCAUGAAUUUAAUUUAACUUGAGGGUUAAGGUAAACAGGAAAAACCUGAUAAACAUGUGGUUCCUGCACAUUCACAAACUGCAGUAUUAAUAAAAGUACCACCAUUUAAUUAACAUACAAGUUAGGAGUUAGGAUGUAAAAAACACAUCAUAAUGAAUAAUAACAUCCUUAAUAUUAGAUGCAUAGAUUUAAUCCAUAAUUAUCAGGCCUGGUAUUACUAAGAAGUUAGGUUACAUGUAGAACGUACUGUUCGAAACUUCAACUGCGAGCUCUUGCAGGGAAUGAUUGGUCCCCAUUUGGAUUUUCCCUUAAAACAAAGGCAGACCAUGUUUAUGGAGUGAUAUCUGCUAUUCCUGUCAUAAAUGUCUACAUUUUAAGUAAUUCAAGUUAUUUCACUCAAGGAUUUCAUCCAAUAAUAUGUUUUUAGUCUUGCAUACACUUGAUUGAAAAAACGUUGUCGCUUGAAAAGUAUAAACCAUGAACGAUGGGACCAAAUGGAUUUAUGGGUAGAACUUUGUUAGCAUUGCAAUUUUAAAGCUCUUUUCAGAAAUGUUUACAGUAUGGAAGCUUUUCGCGACGGUGUAUUCCAUAAAACGUCAAACGGUUUCCAGUUUUCACGGCGAAACUUACAAGGUCACCAGUGCUGGACACAUAAGAGAUUUCUACGGUUAAAGAGCGUAGCCAUAUCGCUAACGCACACGUGAAAAUCAUAAGAUAGGACCUAAAAGCGUUCUUGGAAGACACAAAAAAAGACAACAGCAUGCCUUAAACAAAGUACUCUAGGGAUUUGCAAAAGUUUACAUUGGCACGAGCAUCUCGUGACAAUGUAAACUUUUGUCAAAAGAACUUUGAAUUUGCUUUGCUAAUGAAUGUAUACCCAUAAAUCCUGAAACCUCAUCGUUCAUGGUUUAUACUUUUUAGCGACAACGUUUUUUCAAUCAGGUAUAUGUUACUGGUCAAAACGAAAUUCAGGUUAAAAUUUUUUAACCUAGGUUGACUAUCAAUUUGCUUUGUCUCCUAGCCCUAGGUAUUCAUGAAUCAGGGCUAGGAGUCAAAGGAAACUGCUAAUCAACCCAGGUUAAGAAAAUUUUAACUGAAUGUAAUUUGGACCUGUGACAUUUACAGAUGUCUACUGUACUUCCAUCUUGAGGUGAAAUGAAAGCCAAUUCAAUUUCUUGAUUAAUUUCACACUGUUUGCUCUCAUGUCGCCAUGGUUGAAAAUGUACACAGCUUGCUUAUGGAGGCACUGUAAUUAUAAUGCUAUCCUGUAUUCAAUACUACUUACCACAGUAAUGUGCUAAUAGAGCUUAGUAUCGUCAAAGUUUUAUCUUGUAGUCUAAAGUCUAAAUGUAUUUACCAGUAGCUAACAUUGUUUUAGUCUUCAUUUCAUUAAAAAUUUUUCGUUAUCUGACCUUAAGUUUCUCUCUAUAUAAUUGUUUUGUGAAACACUAAAUUAAAUCUGUAUUUAUUUGUUUUCACGUCCUUGCCUUCAAUGUUGUCUUACCUAGCUACAACUGUUUUGUGUCUAGUGCAAAUUUUGGGCUUAGAAAUUUUCUGCCUUUUAGAUUUGUUGACCGUGAGUGAGACUGCCCAUGAUGUGCCUUUUGAUGAAGGAAAUGGAAUCAACUCCCCAACAAAUCUCGGUCUUGAAGCUACAUUCAUUAACCAGAACUUCUCACAACAGUGCUUAAAACGAGGGCCAGAAAAGAAAGUGUUCCCCAAUCCUAAUCCAUUUGUUACAGAUGAAGAUGAAGGUCAGGUAGCUUCAGUGGCAUACAGGUAAGGAUUUAACAUCACAUUUGGGAACCUGCUGAAUGACUAUUCUUUCUAUGGCUUGGCUUGUUGUUUUUCUUAGUAAUAACUGAUUGAUCUCUCAAUCCUGUAUUCCCUGUGUUGUCGAAACUAUAUUUUUUGUUGGUGUAAGGUUUAUUCAAAUAUUCUAAUGCCUGAACUUACAAAAUCAAUGAAACAAUAAAAAAUUGUUAUUAUAGACUCUAAAAGUUAUUUGUUGAUGUACACACUUGUUUGGGUUGUUCUUGAAUAUUUACUUAAACAUUACUUUUAUGCUGGACAUUGAUGAUUAUGCAGCUUAUAAUCUUCAAGUGGUCCACGUUACAAGUUUAUCAGUUCUUGAAGUCACCAUAAGUCUUGAUGGUCUACGCAUAGACAGAAGUAUAGUCUACAUGUAGAUCUUUCCAUACAUGCCCAGCUUAUUUGCAAGCUUUGUGUGACGUAUAAUUUAGCAAGAUUCACAUAAUCCCACCUUAAAAUGUACAGUAUGUACUUUAAUUUUAUCGUUUCACUUUGUUCAUUUAGAUGGUAAUAAAAAUAUACUGGUUCUAAUUGCAACUUAUCAACCUUUAGAUAUCGUAAGUGGAACCUUGGAGAUGGAAUUGAGCUGAUUGUGAGAUGUGAACAUGAUUCUGUGGUGCCAGGGCCUAAUGGAGAGGAAUCUUUCAUCAACAUUAAAACCUUGAAUGAGUGGGAUCCCAGGGUAUGUGUUGCUUUUUUCAAGUAUUCGUUUAUUUACACAACAGAAGUUGCAGUUACAAUAGUUAAACUAAAAGAAAGGUAAAAUAUCUCAGUUAAACCAAAAUACAAGAAAAAGAAAAAGAACAUGAUACAGAAGUUAUAGUAAUUCAGAUAAAUAAGACCAAAUGAUUAGGGUUAAAUUAACAAAUGUUUCCAGUUAGUUGAAUUCUUUUCUAAGUGCUGUAAUUGGAGAGUGCAGUUUUUCAAACUCGUAUCUCCAGCUGAUCUCAGCCCUAAAAACUCAUCAAAAGAUAAUUCAUUUGCUUCUAGCUUGCUUGUGUACAAGUUAUACUUAAAAAGAACGAAAGGGUAAAAUCAAGAUUUUUAGCAAUUGGGUUUUGAUUCUUCUAUCAUUACUAAGAACAAAGAUGAAUUCACUUGUGUAUUACAUGUAGCACGAAGGAGGUGGCGUUCUUACUUCUGUGUUGCUAUUGUUACAUACAGUGGCACACCUCCAUUCAAGGGACACCUCCAUUCAGGGGACACAAAAUUUGGUCUUGAAAAAAUGUUAGCAUCAUCUUUGUAUUUGUUACCUCUAUUGAAGAGACGCCUCUAGUCAGGGAAAAGGAACACUUUUUCUGGGACCCAAAAUCCGGGUUUAACCUAGCCUCCCCGCAGACGUCCUUUGGGGUUUGUUUGUCACGCAUUCAUUUCUUCCCAGAAAUGAAUGCGUGACAAACGAACCCCAAAGGACGUCUUCGGGGAGGCUGGGUUUGACCUCCAUUCAGGGGUCACCUUAGCACUCAGUAAGUGAUUGACCACAAACACCGUUGAUAACUUUAAGUGUUCGCUAGUCAAAACGGCGACAGCUUUCAGAACAUAAACUGUUUCACUAAAAUCGAGGUACUCCACUUGUGGGAAUUUAACACACAACAUUACAGAGAUAAUUGAAUGAUGAUUAAUUUUUUUAUACAUUAUAUAGCUGUUUGACAUAACGACUUCAACAGAUUCUGAGGCAAAAUAAAAGAAAUAAUAUGUUUUAUUUGUUGCCAAUGAUUAAUUAUUAACAAAGCCCAGCCCAACCUCCAUUCAAGGGACACCUCUAUUCACAUAUGCUGCCCAUUCUAGGCACCUCUUUUGAAUUUUUUUUGUUUAGUACGCCGGAAAAGUGUACUUAGAAUGUAGUAAGUUUUUUGUUAGUUUAUUUUGUGUAUACUGGAUUCUGAUGUCUUUAUUUACUACUCCAGAAGGUUAGGUGUGAAGAGGGCCUGUUUUAUUCCCUUAGUCACUGAGUGUUAUAUCAACUGUCUUUGUUACAUGCUGUGCUCUGUGGCAAAGCUGAAGAAAGCCAUGCAUGCAUGCCGAUGAAAAUGGAACAAUUGCCUGUACUAAGCGUACUAAGACCGAAUGAAAUUCAGGGGACACUUCCUUUGGUCCUGAAGGGUGUUCCCUGAAUAGAGGUUCCACUGCAGUCAGUCUACAUGUACAAACUCUCAAUUCUACAUUGUUGUUGCUGUUAGCUUGAUAGACGUAUAGCAAAUUGGUGCUUUGAAACUUGUAGUUAGUAUAUACUAGCCCAAGAAAAAUAACUGAUGAGCAAGAUUAAUACUGGACUAGAAAUACGUUUUCCUAAAAAUCUCGCGAAGCUAAAAAGGGAAAAAGAGAAUAAACGGAAAUAAGCCAAAGGGUAAAAAUACCAUAAAGGAAGAAAGAAAACGAACAAAAAGUUGCCCCGCCAGGAUUUGAACCUGCACCCCAACUUCCGCCAUCGUAAAAUAAGCGGCCUCAUACCACUGGGCCAUGCGACCGCUGCACAGUUAUAGUGUUAAAGUAUUUUUCUCUGCCAUUUACACUGUUUGAACCUCGUGGAGCUGUAUUAAUCAUGUAUUUAAAGAUACAUUUGAGGAAAAUAGCUUAAACGAGUAUUUCAAUUCCAUUUCGCAUUAUUUCCGUUUAUAUUCACUCUCGGGCUUUACAACGGCCGCUCGAUGAACCCAAUGUCGUCUUCUUCGCUACUCUCGUUUAAGUUCAGGUCGCCGUUCUUUUCGCUGUUAAAUCUUCUUCGGCAAGGAUUUCCAGCCACUUGUCGAAUCGGGCACUGUUGUGUUUGCAGCCCCCUGUUAUUUUCCUCAGAAAUACUUUGCGAUUUGCCAUCGUACCGAAAACAGAGGAUGAUUAAAAUGAGCCCUAGUCGGUAGCUAACCAGUUGUCUUGCCUGGAAACCCAACAUGCAGGAUGACGUCAUGCUGAAUGGCGUCAUUUAGAGUUUGCUUAGGGUUUGUUGCUAGGCAACUGCGGAUACCAAACCGAUAGAAAGAUUUACGACCAAUGCGAAAUCGCACUCCGCUUGCGAUCCUCGCGCGACAAAAUUAUAAACUCGCUUCGCGAGAAUUUAUUAAUUACAAGUAUUAUUAAGUUAUUUAUUAAUUGCAUCAUUAGUUAUUUAAUUAAUUUCUUUAUUAGUUCAUUUUUAUAAUAACUGUAACAAUUCACUUUGUCAGAUCAGAUCAGUACUUUUGUUGGUUGAAUUCCCCCAUAAAACUUCAUUUGCCCAUCGCGCAAGUUAGGAACAGAAUUACUGGCCUGAUCGGAAAAUCCACCAUAGCCCCAGGCUAUCGGAAAAUGACUAAUUUGCAAGCUGGAUGUAUUUGUAGAAACAUGCGUGUAGUUGUUUGUGUAUAGACCGCCAGUCCUCAAAAGCUACGCAUUACAAGUUUAUCGGUUCUUGUAGUGACCACAAAUUUGAGGAACAGUAAAUUCUAGAUCUUUUCACAUGCCUAGGUCAUUUGCCAGCUGGGUGUGAUGUAUAAUCUGGAAACAUGUCCUAUCGAUGUGUCUUUGGUGUUCAAAAUAAAUUAAUGAUUAUUACAUGUAUAUGUUGAGAUGGAAUCAUGCCUUUCAAAGCCUUUUAGGCUGGGAAGCAGUGUUUUAUAGGUUAUCCUACCAUUAAAUAUUACUUAGAACUGGUGUAAUAUGGUCCUUUCUUUUCACUUCAAUCAGUAACUAGUCUUGCCCUGUUGUUUUUCAACUAUUGCUUGAUCGGGAUCCAUGCGUGUGUGACUUCUUUGUUGGUAUAUUGUGGUGGUAUCUUAUAUUGGCUCUGAAGGUCUGAACUACAAGCAAGUUUCAAUUAUUAUCAUUAUCAUUGUCAUUAAGUACAUUAUGAUAUGAAGUGUUGAUGUUGAUGAAUUCUUCAGGCAACAGGUGUGGACUGGCGUCAGAAGCUUGACUCUCAGCGUGGUGCUGUACUUGCUACUGAGUUGAGAAAUAACAGCUGUAAACUGGCCAAAUGGACCGUGAGCUCAAUACUAGCAGGAUCUGAAUACCUCAAGUUAGGGUAAGUUGGCUGUGUUGAAUCCUAAAUUUUCGCCUACUAGGUCUACUUGUCGGAAAUCUACCCACAUUGUUGUGUUACAUCUUUGAUGUUAUACGGUUUAACUGUUAUGUGAGUUCCUUAUUAUUUUUUGUGAGUGCUGUCAACAUAAUCAAAUGUAUUUGAAAAGUGAAUCAUUGCACCUUCUAAUGUCAAAUCGUCAAUGAACAACGGUAUUGAGGCUUCAUUCCGUCCUAUUAGUAACUUUCUGAAGAAUGACAGUCGUGUGUUGUUGUCAUUCAGCAAUUUGUAAUCAGUGCUGAACGGUAUUUUCCUGACAGGUAUGUGUCUCGAGUAAAUUAUUUGGAUUCCUCCAAGCAUACAAUCCUUGGUACACAGCAGUUCCGACCAAAGGAGUUUUCCACUCAGAUCGCCCUCAACAUGGAUAAUGCUUGGGGUAUAUUGCGCUGUAUCAUUGAUACCUGCAUGAAACUACCUGAUGGCAAAUAUCUUAUACUUAAAGAUCCCCUUAAGGUGAGUCUCUUGUCAGGCGCGCACCCUGAAUAACAAGCAGAGAACCAAAGUUUCACAAAGCCGGUUGCCUUUAAUAUUCCGCCUCGACUGGUACUCACUACAAGUAUAUUUUUUACAGCUGUGGUGAUCAUAAUCUCGAGGAAAAAUAAAUUCUGGAUCUUUUCACAUGCCAAAGCGUACAGUUGUCUGCAUGGUGUGUUGUAUACUCCAGAAACAAUCGAUUUUCCGAGUUGCUAUGUCUUUUGAUCGUCACUUUCUCCUCCAAUCAGGAGUGUGUGCGCAUACAUGAGUGACAUUUGUAAUUUCGUAUGCUAAGAAUUGGCUGUUUAAGGGUUGAAAGUUUGAUUUGUUUCAGGGACGGCGGAGCGUAUCAUUUCAGUUAAAGGGUGGGCGUUGAGAGCUCUUGAAGGCAAUUGAUAAAGGCGUUGACCCUUAAGAGGUAUCUGGGGGCACUCCGGCAAAACCAACCCUUUUUUAAAAAAGAGAGCAAUUAAAUAACCAGAGGUGAAAGUUCCAGCAACAAUAACUUAUUACUUAUAACUUAUUAUUAUUAUUAUUAUUAUUAUUAUUGCAUUUUUUGCCUUAAUCCUGAAUCACUCCUUCAUGUUGUCGCUGGUUGUCAACAGUACCUUGAUCGCUUUACCUGGAGACACGACUCAAUCAUUAACUUCAUUGCCGAGCCACUUCAACCCGUAAUUAAUGUUCACUCUUCACUCUGUGCAGAUGUUCAUGGUUUUCUGAAUCCCUCAAUAAUAACUGGUGAAAAUUGUCGUCCAGAUCUUCUUUUCCUAAUCCAGUGCAAGUGCCUAUAUGUUCUAGAAUUAACAGUUGGUUUCGAGUCUAACCUUAAUAACAAUGCAGUGCGUAAAAAAGAAAAAUAUCUGAACUUGAUCAAAGAAAUGAGUAGAAAUUACAGAUGUGUGAAAUUUGUACAUCUCUUCAUGAGCUCCCUUGGCGUUUUCUCCGAUGAAUGCUCCACGUUCUUAGACAUGAUGAAUGACAUUGGCAUUGACAAAAAGUAG